AACGCGAUACAAUAACAUUAAAGCCGAUAUACAUGUAUAUUUAACCCAAGCACAUAUUUGAUCAUCCAAAAAGGUUGCUUUUUUGUGUCAAAAUAUAAAUCAUGCAGCAGACGAGAAAUUACAAGUGCGAGGAGUUAUAUUUUAUGUGUUUUUUAAAUUACGUUUUAUCAAUUUUAGCCAUAUUUUUCAAUUUACAAUUAUAAGGAAAUUCUAUUCAACAUCGACCUUCAUUCGUAAAACUAAAUUUAUCCAAACGUGAUGCACUUUCUGUUUAAAAAAUUCGUACCGAUUGAACUGUUUGACUGACACAUGGUGCAACAGACGAACACUGAAAACUGAUUAAAGUCGUUUAAUGAUUAUUUAAGUGAACGAAAUUAUGUUUUGAAAUCAAAACGUUGCAUGGAUGUAACAUUUUGCUUAAUAUUUAAUUACAGUGAAUGACGUUUUACAUCCGGUUUUGUAGGAAUUUCUGAAGAGUACUUUCGGUUUUAAAGAAUCUCUUAACCGUACGUACUUUUGGUUUGACAAGUGGCAGAAGCAUGGAGAUUGUGCUUGGAUGCCACAUACAUUUACAGUUUUAUUUGAUAUUCAGCCUUUUUGGAAGUGUGGGUUCACCAUUACAUAUGUAUGAACAACUUCUUUCUAGUGGACAUAUUGAAAAGGCAAUACAAGCCCCGGUUGGUGGCUUCUCUCUGCCCAGUGGCAUGGCGAUUCAUCAUGACUUCAAAGACGCAAAGAUGCACGAUUCUGUUGAACUGCUGAGAAUAAUGUUUGACCAGAUGGCGACUAAAUUCUACAAAGCAGUAGUGUUAGAUGGGAGUGAUCUGUUGAAUCACCAUAAAAAUAUUUUUUCGGCUACGUCCGUCUCUGAACUCGACGUUAAUCGUAUGUCUGUUACGUUACGUGGAGCUAAACGUUCAUUUAAAGGAGUGGAAGAUAACAUGAUAGGGCUGCAAUCCGAGGUGCACUACCUUAUUGAAAGUGUUAGGAGUAGAAUCCUUGAACUUAAAGACGAAAUUAAAAGUUUCGAGGACAAACAGGAAUCAAUGGAACAGGAAAUAGCAAUGAUGGAAACAGAAAUACAAGAAAGUGAUUCAAGCGCUCGUGAAUAUGACAGGUAUGCCGAUGACAUGGAUUUUCUUGCUCGUAAAAAGAAUAGAGAAGCCGAGGAAGCUGCUAAGUGGGGAAUUGGAGAGUUAGCAGCAGCUGGCGCAGUGGCGGUUGGUAUUUUUACUGGCGGACUGCCUCUUCUUGCAGCCAUUCCCGGUGUUGUGCUUGGGGGCGCCGGUCUUAAAAACGUAAAAGAUCAUAUGUAUUAUGACGGACAAGCGGCAAAUUAUAGACAUGAUGCUUAUAUAUAUAGGAUAAGGGCAAAUGGACUACGCGAGAAUGUUAAAAUGAUAAAGAGAAAUAUAAGUAAUUUAAAAUUGGAAGCUAUCCAUGUUAGACAUGAGCUUCAACAGCUUGAGUAUGCAUUGCGAAGAGUGAACGACCUGUCUAAUUCGUUACACGGUUCAGUCAAAGGUACAUACGAGGUAGUUUCCAUGCUGCAAAAUAUGGAAAUUGCAAUUGCAAAUGCUGAACUUGAUACACAAUCUAUCAUUGAAAGGUUUAAAUACAUUCCAAAUGUUAUUAAAAGGGCAUCUGAUUCCAUGCUUAAAAAUACAAAGAGUGCUUGGAUCAGUAUCCAAGAAACUUCUUAAGUUGAAGCAAAAUCUUCUAACUUGAACGCUCUGCAACAUAUUACAAUUUCACUAGAGUGUUCUAUUAUUUUAUCUAAAUACUAGCGUUGAUUUACCUCAUUAUAUAAGAUAUAACUGCCGUUCCAUUAAAAAUCAACAUUUACUUAAAUUCAAAAUGUGAUCACUUUUAAUAUUAUUAACGUUACAUUAUACGGUUUCUUGGUAAUAAUUACAUUAUACGGCUUCUUGGUAAUAUUUACGUUAUACGUUUAUAUUUACAUUAUAUGGUGAUGAAACUGUU